GAUGGAGAAAGCUGAAAAAGUUGAGGAUGAAGACAGGAGAGCGUCUGCACCUGCUGAAGAACAACCUGAGGAACCUGAGGAUGGUGCAGAGGCUCCUGGGUCUCAGCAGGAGCGAUCGACUGAGGAUUCAGAGCGAGAACACGGAGAGUCCAGCGUCAACGCUCACUCAGACACUCACACCACACCCAGCAUCAUCACACACCCACGCUCAGAGCAGGACAGUGGAAGUGUACCAGAACCUCCACCAUCAUCUCUCCACUUCACACUGGCCAACAACUCCACAGUGGCUUUCACAGACAGCGAGGGAGACGAGAGGGCGAGACCCAGCCGUGACGAUGAAGAUGAUGAAGAUGAAGAGGAAUUCAUUGUGCUGGAUCCUGACCACCCUCUGAUGAAGAGAUUCCAGGCGGUUUUGAAGAAGCACCUCACCAGGGAGCUGGAGAGACUGGACCUGAAGCUUCGGGAGAAGGUGAUGGAGGAGCAGGCGUUGAAAUCCAGGUACGAGGAGCUCGGCGUUGAGCUCUAUAACGCCCAGCAGGAGCUCGCCAAAGUGCAGGCCACUCUGAAGACUCGACAGGAGGACAGAGAAAAAGCCAUGAGCAACAGGAGACAAGUGCAGGAAGAGCUGGAGAACACCAGGAAGGAGUACAACAGCAUGGCAGAAGAGCUCCGUGAAGAGCGCGCCCAAUUGUCAGAGCUGCAGUCCGAGGCGGACAGUCUCGCUCGGCGUCUGCUCUACAUGCAGGAAGUGUCCUCGGACCUGCAUGCAGAAGUCGCCACUAUGAGAACCGCCAAGAACAAGGCGCACACGGAGAAACGACAAGCAGAAGAACAGAAAUACCAACAGGAUCUGUAUGUGGAGCGUCUGGUGAAGCAGCUGGAGAAGCUGACGGAGCAGAUCGCUCUGUACGAGAUGCAGACGCUCGCGCAGGCCAACGACAAGCAAGCAGCCAAAGACGCCUUAGCUGAGGCUCAGUUGGAGUUAGACGCUAUGAUGGUGGAGAGGAAGCAGCUCCUUCAGCAGUGGAACAGCAGUGUGAUGGAGCUGAAGAGGAGAGACAACGCUUACAACACGCUGCAGGAGGCACUGCGGUCGGCCAAUCAUGAGUUGCGUGUUCUGGACGCGGAGUUGGAGGGAUACAGGCACUCCAUCACACUGGAGCAGGAGAGGAACGAGGCGCUGACGGUGCUGAUGAACCGUGCCGAGCACAAAGCCACCACCUACAGGAAGCUCCUCACACAGAUACACACAGAGCAGGAGGCACUGCACAACCUCCACAGCACAUACACACACACGCUGCAGGAGACCGAGAAGAGUCUAGACGGGGUGACCAUGGAGUGCAGUACGCGUGACUGGGAGCUCACGGUCCUGAGGAAGCAGAUGGAGAAGCAGGCGUGUGUGCGACUGGAGCUGGAGGACAAGAUCAUGAAGAAGAUGCAGGAACAACUCACACAUGACAACGCUGCCAAACAGACACGCCUUCUCCUCACCAAGACCACAGCUCACAUCAGAGACAAGGAAGCCCAGCUUUCGAAGGUUCAGAAUGAUUUAGCUGCAGUGCGGCUGGAGAUGACCAAGGUGGUGCCGCGUGUCGAGGCUCUCUCUCACCUGCGGCUGCAGCUGGAACAGGAAGUGAUGGAAUGCAACCAGCUGCUCUCAGCCAAAGAGGCAGUGGUGGCUAAUCUCAACACCACCAUCGAGCACAACCAGAUCACCAUGAACGUUUAUAACAAGAAGCUUGAUCAAAUCAGGGCAAGCGCAGGGAAUGAAGAACUGGGUCCUCUGGAGAUCAAGGUGAGGGCUCUGAAUAAGCAGCUGGAGGAGCUCAGAGCUGAGAUGAAGGAGCAGUGUCAUCUCUGGCUGUGGCAGCAGGGGGAGCUAGUGAGACUGAGUCAGGAGAAACAAGUACAGAGCAGCGCAACGCAAACGCUGAACACACAACUCACCAUCCUGCAGCAGAGGAACCUCCGCACCAAGAAUGAGAUCGAGCAGGAGGAGCGUGGGCUCGUUGAGCUGGACAGACACUCUAAAGUUCUGAGGUUGGACAUGCAGAAGCUGAGCUCUCUCGUGAACCAGAACACACAGCUGAAACAGGAACUGGAGCAGAACAACAUCCUGAUGGAGAACAGCUUCAUACACACUCUCAAGGAUGCAGAAAGGGAGUCUGUAGAGGUGCAAUUCCAUCUAGAGAAGCUCCAGGAGGAAAAAGAGCAAUUACUGAACAGCUUGGUGGAAGCAGAGAGACAAAUCAUGUUGUGGGAGAGAAAAAUUCAGCUGGCACGUGAGACUCGUUCAGCCGUGGAAUCAGAAGUUCAAAAGGGGGACAUGCACACCAUGAAAACUGAGAUACACCACAUGGAGGUGUGUUAUAACCAGCUGUUGAAGCAGAGGGAGAGGAUGUUGAGGGAGAUGGAGAUGGCGGUCGCUCGGCGUGAGAACAUCGUGAUACGCAGCGAGGUUCAGGCAGACAGCACCCGCAAACACAGCACACACGCCGUCCUCCAGAACACAAUGCAGAACCUUCACCGCAGCAUCCUCCAGAUACACAAGCAAGCAGAGAAGUAUGAUGGUGUGAUAACACAGCUGCAGCAGGAGCAGAGUUCUCUGAGCGAGCAUCUGAGAGAGAAGCGGACGCAGAUCGACGAAGGCAGCAACACGAGCUCCGGCUACAUUGAAGAGCUCAACAACAUGCAGCAGAACAGAGAGAAGAACCUGAUUCAGCUGCUGGCUCUGCAGUCUCAGGUGAAGCAGCUGCAGGCAGUGAAGGAGGGUCGCUACAGCGCCGCAGCGAGCGGAGAAGACGCGCUGCAGAACAUCACGCACAAGCUGCAGGAACAGCUACGCUCGAUCAGAGGUGUUCUACAGCGGGUUAUCCAGGACUUCCCAGAGCACAAGGUCAUGUUCUCCAGGAUCCUCCUCCUCCUCUCCACACAAACGCUCUGACCUGGCGAGAACCUGAUACUUAUCUUCAGAUGUUCUCAGUUCACACUCUAGAACAUUCUGCGUGUUAGAUGAGUAUCAGCGUUCAAAGAACGGCCGCUGUUACACUCGGUUCUUUGUGCGAGUACGGCAGCAGGAGGGCGUGUCCUAAUUCUUACCAAGUUCUAAUAAAAGUGACCUUGUUCAGUGAA